CCGAGACUCUGCCGGGCGGAAGGUUUCGAUGAUAUCCCACAGUAACUGUCACGAUGUGACCCAAAAUAUAUCUCUUCUCAUCUCUCCCUAGUCUGUGCGCUGUAUGGACUUUGGGCUUACAUCUCAGGCCGUCCUGGGCUUCAAUGCCUGGGCGUCUGACGUCCAGAGCGUUGGGCAUCUUCGGCUUGGUUCGAAUGACCUCAAAGCGGAUCCCACAUUACUGGUUCCUGGCAUCGCCACCUGCUUCUCGGUCCUGCUGUUCGUCAUUCAAGGGCUGGGAUCCAUACCUUUCGUCCACCGCCUCCUUGUCCGUGCUGGGAUCUCGUCGGACGAGCCUGUUGCGGACGCGCCGGGGAUUGGCACUGGGGCCAUUCUGCGGUUCCGGAUUGCGCGUUUGGUCGGAUGUUUCGCACUCCUCGGGCUGUCUAUAUAUGCGGCGGUGGAAGGCAUAGAGGGCGCUUUGGUUGCCGCCGUGGCAUAUGGCUACUGCACGAUCCUCUCAGCGCUCUCUGUCAACCCCCGCCGCUCGCGCAGUGCAGUUGUGGGUCAUGUGAACCUCGUCAUCCUCGCUUCGCUCGCAGUCUACGUAUACCGGGACAUUGUUCCGCUUGCGACGUUCACCCUGGACCCCCGGGACGCGGACUCGCCGAUCCUCUGGGCUACCAUCACCCUCCUCUUCGCCACUGGUGUCGUUAUUCCGCUGUUUACGCCGCGGCAGUACAUCCCCGUCGAUCCUUUGAAUCCACACACGGAACUCAAUCCCGAGGAAACCGCGUCAAUCAUCUCGCAUGCGUUCUUUUUUUUCCUGGACGGGAUCAUCUUCCUGGCUUACCGCCAGGGCAAGCUCGACGAACCGCAGCUCUACGCCCUGCGUGACUCCGAUGCCUCUGAGUAUCUCACCCGCAAGAGCUUCAAAUAUCUCGACAGCUACAUGGGGAAAGCGCGUGGGCAUAUCUUUUUUGGGCUCAUGAGAGUUUUUGGAGCGCGUUUCAUCGUAUUGGGCUGUCUGCUGCUCGUCAGAGUUCUCAUGGCACUUUCGGGGCCAUACGCUAUGAACCAUCUGCUACUAUUCAUUGAGAAGGGAGGCCAAGAUGAGCCAGUCAAGCCCUGGGUCUGGAUCCUUCUUAUCUUCCUCGGUCCGGUCGUUGCUUCGGUGGCAAUGCAAACCUACGUUUUCAUCAACACUCGUUCCUUGGUCCAAGCGGAGGCCAUCCUUACUCAGCUUGUUUUCACGCACAGUCUGCGCAUCCGCAUGAAAGCGGAAAUAGAGACCCAACAGGAAUCGGCGCCGACCUCCACCUCCGAAACGCCUCGCACGGUGUCUCGCACGGAGUCCCAUGAAGAAGAUGAUGAGAACAAUGUGCCUCCCGCGACGUCGGAGAAUGCUGAAGGGGAGGAUGCCCAGUCGAGCACUGUCCACGGUGGAUCUGCAAGCGUCAAGUCUGGCAAAUCAGCUGCUCCAAGUAAGGCGCCGAGCAAGGCUGACUCGCAUAGUACUGCUGCGACAGCGCCUGCUGCCGACAAGCCCAAGUCUGGCGGAAGUCUUGUGGGGAAGAUCAACAACCUGGUGACCACCGAUCUGGAUAACAUUGUCGACAGCCGAGACUUGCUUAACCUGUUCCUGUCCAUCCCUCUGCAGAUCACGUUGGGAAUCUGGUUCCUCCACUCCUUACUCGGAUGGUCUGUCUGGGUGGGCGUUGCCUCUAUCCUAUUGAUGGUGCCCCUCCCGGGAUACAUGGCGAAAAUGGUCCAGUCGGUUCAGAAGGAACGUCUCAAACGAACAGACGAUCGAGUCACGGGCGUCAGCGAAGCUGUGAACUCUCUCCGGAUGGUCAAACUAUUCGGCUGGGAGGAGCGCAUGAAAGAGCGCAUUGACGAGAAGCGAGUGGACGAACUGGGAUGGAUCCGCAAGAGACGUUUCCUGGACAUGGCCAGCAACAUUGUCAACGUCUUGAUUCCCAUCGUGACCAUGGUCGCGACAUAUUCGACUUACACUUUGAUCAUGAAGCAGCCGUUGAACGCAUCCAAAGUCUUCUCUAGCAUGACCGUAUUCGACUUGUUGCGGGAUAACAUCGCCCAGAUCACCGGUUGGUUGAACAACCUGAUGAGCGGCAAAGUCUCGCUUGACCGCAUGAACGACUUUUUGAAGAACACAGAGCUCCUGGACAGCUUUGAUGAGAAGAAGGUUGAAGCGCGCGCUCUGAUCAACACUGGUGGCUCGGAAGAGAUUGGGUUCCGACGCGCGACGUUCUCUUGGCAAUCCGAGUCGGAUGGCUCACUCACCCGGUCGUCUCGCCAUUUCUCACUCAAGUUCGAUAAUGAGAUCAUCUUCAAGCGAGGGAAGAUCAAUCUGGUCGUUGGUCCUACUGGUUCUGGCAAAACCUCGCUUUUGAUGGCCCUCCUCGGGGAAAUGCACUAUCUCCCGUCGUCGCCUGACUCGUGGUACAACCUGCCGCGGAGUGGCGGUGUCGCGUAUGCGGCGCAGGAGUCGUGGGUGCUCAACGAGACGAUCCGGGACAACAUCGUGUUCAACACGCCGUUUGACGAGGAGCGCUACAGACAGGUGGUGCAUCAGUGUGCGCUCGAGCAGGAUCUGGCUCUGUUCCAGGCUGGCGACAAAACGGAGGUUGGCGAGAAGGGCUUGACGCUUUCUGGAGGCCAGAAAGCGCGUUUGACGCUGGCUCGUGCGGUGUACUCUGACGCCAGCAUCCUCCUUCUCGACGAUGUACUUGCUGCUCUCGAUGUCCACACCUCUCAGUGGAUCGUCGAGAAAUGCUUCGCUGGACCGUUAAUCCAAAACCGGACUGUGAUUCUUGUCACCCACAACGUCGCACUUACCCGUCACAUCGCAGACUACGUCUGCACGUUCUCCUCGGACGGCCGCAUCAGCGGCCAGGGCACGGCGUCGGAGAUCCUCACUCGUGGCGGUGCUCUGGAGAGCCAGAUCCGGAAAGAGGAGAAGGCAAUCGCCAAGGCGGAAGAAAACGUGGAUGGGACUGAAGCAGAGACCAAACCUGCGGCGGCAGCGCCAGUCGCUGGCAAGCUCAUCGUUGCCGAGGAAGUGCAGAUGGGACAUGUCAGCUCGGCUUCCCUGUUGAUGUACUUCAAGGCGAUGGGCGGUAAUCACGCUACGGUGUUCUGGAUCGUGUUUACGCUCGGCUUGGUUCUGAACCAGAUCUUCACUGCCGUUCGCACGUGGUGGCUGGGCUACUGGGCGCGCCAAUACGAUGACAGGCCAGCCAGCGAUGUCGAUGUUGUGCUGAAUUUGGGCAUCUUCGUUGUCAUAGUCUUGAUCACGGUUCUGACGAUCUUGGUUGCUUUCUUUGCUCUGGUGUUCGGUCAAGUUCGGGCCUCGCGGGUGAUCCACAAGAAGCUCGUCGAUUCCGUUCUGCGCGCGCCGCUGAGGUGGCUGGAUGUCACACCGACGUCACGUAUCAUCGCGCGUGUGACCAAGGAUGUCCGAGCGAUAGACGACUCGCUGCCCAACUUGUUCAUGCCCCUAGCGAGCAUGGUUAUCUCCAUGAUUGUCAAAUUUGGUGUUGUCGUGCUGUACACUCCUGUGUUCCUUUUCCCUGGGCUGGCGGUCGCGGGUGCGGGUGCGUACCUCGGGCAGAUCUACAUGGCCGGGCAACUCUCCGUGAAGCGGCUCAUGUCCAACGCCCGCGCGCCUGUCCUGGCACACUUUGGUGCUGCUGUUUCUGGUUUGGUGUCGAUUCGUGCGUUUGGGGCCGAGAGCAAGUUCAAGAGCGAGACGCUGAUACGGAUUGAUCGGUACACCCGUGCCGCGCGGAGCUUCUACAACCUGAACCGAUGGAUCUCAGUCCGGGUCGACUUCCUCGGCUCACUGUUCUUGGCGACGCUCGCCGCGUACCUGGUCUACGGCAAGCACACGAAUGCGGGCGACACGGGUUUCCUGAUCAACAUGGCGAUCACGUUCACGCAGAUGCUGCUUUGGGCCGUGCGGAUCUUCAACGACUUUGAGGUUCAGGGCAACAGUCUCGAGCGUAUCCAGGACUACAUCGACAUCGAGCACGAGAAGUCGCCCACGUCUGCGGGAGUGCCGCCGGCGUACUGGCCUGCUAGCGGAGAUCUGAGGGUGGAGAAUCUGAGCGCGCGGUACUCGCUGACUGGUCCGGAUGUGCUACACAACAUCUCGUUUACGGUCAAGCCCGGAGAGCGGAUCGGCAUCGUCGGCCGAACUGGUUCUGGAAAGAGCUCGCUGACCCUGUCACUGCUCCAAUGUAUCCCGACUGACGGCAAAGUAUACUACGAUGGGAUCGACACGUCCACGCUGAAUCUGGACGCGUUGCGCUCCAGCAUCACCAUCAUCCCCCAAGUGCCCGAGCUUCUCAGCGGGACGGUCCGAUCGAACCUGGAUCCUUUCGGACAGUACGACGAUCUGGAGUUGAACUACGCGUUGCGCGCGGCGGGGCUGUUCGCGUUGCAGGACGAGCUGGACGAGGGAAGGAUUACGCUAGACAGCGCCGUCGCUGUUGGCGGCGGGAACUUGAGUGUUGGCCAGCGGCAGAUCUUCGCGCUCGCCCGGGCCAUCGUGCGGAAAAGCAAGGUGCUGAUUCUGGACGAAGCGACGUCCGCGAUUGACUACAAGACGGACGCGAUCAUCCAGAACUCGUUGCGGCAGGAGCUGCACAACGAUGUGUCGCUGAUCACCGUGGCGCAUCGGCUGCAGACUAUCAUGGAUGCGGACAAAAUCAUGGUGCUCGACGCGGGCAACAUCGCUGAGUUUGACAGCCCGAAGGAGCUGCUGAAGAUCCCAGAUGGGAAGCUGCGGGCCCUGGUUGAGGAGUCGGGAGAGCGUGACGCGCUGUACGCGAUGGCGGGCGCGGACAUUUAAUCAGCAAAGUAGAGUAAGUAGUAUGUAGUUAGUCAGUGUUAGUAGUAGUUAGCAACACAUCUAUUCGUAAUUAGCACCGACUCAAAUUCGCUUCUAUGCAUAUCAUAUCACAUGAGUCAUGGGCAUCAGAGAUGCGAGAAGUCGAAGGCGGCCGGGAUCCGCCGACAGCACUAAGCUGCAGACGCCACACUCGUUGAUGACAUGUUCCUCAGGGUUCCUCGCGUCUGGGGCUUCCAUUGCUUGUCGGAAUGCAAGAAGGAGAAGAAAAUGACAGGAUUGUCAGUACCCCAGCACAGCCUACCCCAGCACAGCAUUCAAUCCAAGCCGGCCUCCGCACCGCAGCCCUGGACACUGGGGAAGGAUGACCGAAUACCGCAUGCUGAUGAGUAUAUGUAACUCACUUGCACUGCCUACCUGGCUACGACGACGACGUAUUUUUGGAGCCGAUAAGGUUUGCUUCCACGGCUGCGCACGCCCGGGUAAAUCGCUGCAUUUGGGCAGGAUGAGCCGUGGCGUAUCGUAUCGGCUGCCCCUUCGCGCCGUGCUUAUCCGAGUCCGGCCCUCCAGGCAGAUCCAGGCGGUGCGUCAGGCAGCUCAGCUCGCCCUGUCACCGGCGGACGCCGGUUGGGGCGUCUUCUCGAGCGUCCCCAGUUGCUAUCUCCAGCAGCUCGGUGCUUCUCCGCUCUCGAUGACGAGUUUGGAGACAGUCCGAGCGAGGGCUUCUGGAUCUGAUGCAUGUGGUGUGGGAGGGCGAUGCGGGUGUCUGGUAUAAAGGGCGCGCGGGGGUGCCCCAUGUCGCUCUCCAUUCCUUUCUCUUUCUCCUCCGUUCACGAUCUAGCUCUCCAACUAUCCAACCACCUAUCAUCAGUACACACCGCACCACACCGCCUCACGAAACCAUGUCGCACACAGUCAUCCGCGCGCUCCCGUUCACGACGCACAUCGCAGCAGGCGGCGCGCGCCACAUCCUCGCGCGCGACCAGGCCCGUGCGCGCAAGAUGCUCGACGGCGUCUCGCCGCACGGCCCCGCCGCGUUCAAGCAGCGCAGCUUCGCCGCGCACCACCACCACCACCACCGCCAUCACCAGCAGCAGCCCGGCGGGACGGGUGUGUCCGCGCCGACGGGCCCCGCAACGGGCGCGGGCACGGGCGCCACUGGGUCCGUCGACGUCACUGAUGCAGCGGUGACGUACACGAUGGACGUGGGCGUCGGGUCGCCGCCGACGUCGUACACGCUCCUGAUCGACACCGGGAGCUCGAACACGUGGGUCGGCGCGGCCAAGGCGUACGUCCCGACGUCGACCAGCACGGACACGCGCCAGAGCGUGAACGUCAGCUACGGCUCUGGAUCGUUCUCUGGGACUGAGUACACGGAUGAAGUGACGCUCGGCCCGGGCCUCGUUAUCCAGAACCAGUCGAUCGGCGUCGCAUCGACCGCGUCCGGCUUCAAUGGUGUCGACGGAAUCUUGGGGAUUGGCCCGGUGGAUCUGACGAGCACGACCGUCAGCGGAGCGACUAGCGUGCCCACUGUGACGGACAACCUCUUCGCGCAAGGGACGAUCCCUGCCGAGUCCAUCUCGAUCUCAUACGUCCCAACCACCGCCGCGGGCGCCGCCAAUGGCGAGCUCACGUUUGGGGGAAUGGACGCGACCAAGUUCACCGGCCAGAUCACGUGGGUUCCGAUCACGAAGACUUCCCCUGCCAGCCAAUACUGGGGUAUCGAUCAGACCAUCACCUACGGCACGAAUGGAAGCCCAAUUCUGGGCCUGACUGCUGGGAUUGUCGACACCGGCACGACGCUGCUGAUGAUCGCCACGGACGCCUUCAACGCGUACAAGCAGGCCACCGGCGCGACCCUCGACAGCGCCACGGGCCUGCUCACCGUGACGCAGUCGCAGUUUGACAACAUGCAGAGCCUGUUCUUCGCCAUCGGAGAUCAAACGUUUGAGCUGACGCCGAACGCGCAAAUCUGGCCCCGCGCGCUCAACUCCACGCUCGGCGGCCAGGACGGCCAGAUCUACCUGAUCACAGCUGAUCUCGGCAGCAACAGCGGAUCGGGGCUCGACUUUAUUGAUGGGUUUGGUUUCCUGCAGCGGUUCUACUCGAUCUUCAGCACCACCAACUCCGCGGUCGGCUUCGCGACGACGCAGUUCACGGACGCGACGACGAACUGAGCGGCGGACUGCCAUGCCAUGUACUUACCCCCAAGAAGGAUGGACUGUAUAACGAACUUUUUGUAACUCAGGACGCUCUUAUUUGUGUGCAGCAACCGUGCUAUGAAUGAACUAUCCAUUUCGGUGCCACA